UGAUGAAUGAGUAACGCUCUCUUGCAGAUGCGGCUCCACGUCAGUCUGCCGGUGUCGGCGUGUCGCUGAGCCCCGCGGGGAGACGGCCGGAGGCGGACAGGUGACGCUGCAGGGAUGUCUUCAUCCCUCUUCUUCCUCCUCUCCCUUCUCGUCCCCACCCUGAUGUUGGAGUUUCGUUACCAUGACAACAGCGAAAUCGAGCAGUACCUGGUCCAGGUCAACGCCGACAACCCCAGCAUCACACACCUGUACAGCAUCGGCAAGUCAGUGAAAGGUCAGCAGCUGUGGGUUUUGGCUCUGGGUCUUCGUCCUCACCGCCACACCGUCGGCGUCCCGGAGUUCAAAUAUGUGGCCAACAUGCAUGGAAAUGAGGUUCUGGGUCGCGUUCUCCUCCUCCAGCUGAUCGCUGAGCUGGUCCGCGGUUACCGUGACAACGAGACCUGGUCGCUGCAGCUGCUGAACAGCACGCGCAUCCACAUCCUGCCGACCCUGAACCCGGACGGCUUCGACGAGGCCGACACAAACUGCCUGCUCAGCCAGGGCAGGCUAAACCAUAACGGCGUCGAUCUGAAUCGGGGAUUUCCUGACGCUUUCGCUGGUCUUCGAAAGCAGCAGGAUCUGAAUGAGGAGCAGAGGGAAGCUGAGGUGAGAGCUGUGAUUGGUUGGCUGCAAAGCGAAACUUUUGUUCUCUCUGCCAACCUUCAUGGAGGCGCCAUGGUGGCCAGUUAUCCUUACGACAACGGCGACCAAGGUUCUGUUUGGAUGGUCGAGCCCAGCAUCUCGCCUGAUGACGACGUGUUCGUCCACCUGGCUAAGGUUUACUCAUACAACCACGCCUCCAUGCACAAGGGGAACCUCUGCGGCGACAGCGGACCUUUCCAGGACGGCAUCACUAAUGGCUACAACUGGUACAAGCUGGAAGGUGGGAUGCAGGACUACAACUACGUUUGGGCUCAGUGUUUGGAGCUGACGCUGGAGCUUUCCUGCUGCAAGUUUCCUCAACCCAAAGAGCUUCCUGCCCUGUGGAUGGACAACAAAAAGGCUCUGCUAGCUUACAUCCGGCAGGUCCACCUGGGGGUGAAAGGUCAAGUGUUUGAUGGUUGGGGGAUGCCGGUGCAGAACGCGGUGGUGGAGGUCGAGGGUCGCAGGAAUAUAUGUCCGUUCAGAACCAACCAGCAUGGAGAAUAUUACCGGCUGCUGUUGCCUGGAAUCUACACCUUCAAAGUGUCGUAUCCGGGUCACGAGGUUCUGACAGAAACGCUCAGCGUCCCGUACGAUCCAGAACAAUAUUCUGCAAUGAAGCACGACUUUAAGCUGCAACGCGUUGCCUCGGCAACGAUCAGUGAUCAAGCUGAGCCGACCCUGUCUUGUAAUUACUCAUUACUGCCUCAAGGUGGCGGCGCCGCGGCCGGAUCGGCCUGGUCCGGACUGACAGUUGGGUUCAGUUUAGUGACGGUGCUUCAGUCUCUGAUGGACUGAAUAACUCUGAACCAAACCGCGAAACCCGACCAAAACCAAACGAGGUCAGAGGUCAAUGAAGGUUGGCUUUACUGCUGCUGGUUUAUGUGCAGAGUGAAGGAAGAUGAGCUGCCAAGUGAAAACAAGGCUUUAGCAACAUCAAAGGCCAGGAAAAACAGAACAAAUUUCAACAAAUCAAAGAAAUGAUGGCUGGAUUCCAUCUAUCUGUUUCAGUAUGGAAGAAGAUUAGUGCCAAAGAAAAAAAAAAUUUAGAUUUUUUUUUUUUUAUCAGAAUUCUGUAAUAUUCUGGGAUCACAAAUCAGAAUUAUAAUUUUUAAAAAGUCAGAAUUCUGAGGUUAAGGUAAAGAUUAAAAAAUGUCGAGAAAAAAGUCAGAAUUUCUAAAUUUAAGUAAGAAUUAAAGUCAACAAUUUGAGGAAAAAAAUCAGAGUUCUGAGUCAGAAUUUUGAGGUUAAAGUCAAAAUUCUAAAAAAUUUUAAAGGCAGAAAAGUCCAAAUUUGUGGAAUUUUUACUUUUGUCAGAAUUCUGAUUUUUUACAUAUUUUUUUAAAGUCUGAGUUUUGGGAUUAAAGUCAGCAUUUUGAGAACAAAAGUGAAUUUAAAGUCAGUUUUUAGGCUAAAGUCAAAAUUAGCUGUUUUUUUUACCGGCCCUCACCCUCUUCUCUAGUUUAUUGUUAAAUUCAGUUAAACAGAAAUUGUUUUUGCAUUAAAAUGUAAAACAUAUUUAACUAAUUUUACGUUUUCCCAACCACUGAUACAUUUCUGAUGUUAGAACGUGUGUUUUAUUCAUGAAGAGUUUUUAUUAACAUUACUUCUGGAAAAAUUGCUUUUAAUUUUUUUUCUAAUGCACUAAUCAUUUAGCAUAGCUAAUGCUAAAGCUGAAAUAAGUUUGGUCAGAAUAAUUUCCAUAAUAAUUCACAUAACAUUAUACAAAUUUAUUAUUUAAUAUUUAUACUUGUUACAGUAUUUAUUAACUAAAUUCAAAAAUAGUUCUGCUAUGCUAACUGUUCAUGUUUCAAUCUUUUUAUAGACACGUAGUUGUUGGCAAAAUUUAUAUAUUUUAUAAUAUCUACAUUUAUUGUCUGUAUUUUAUUGCAAUUUAAUAAAAAGUCAUAUAAAGGUUAAUUGUAAUUUCUGAUUUCAGUGAAAAAUCUUUAAUUCUAGAUGUUUGAGGAUCGUAAGGCGGUAUCGUGGAAAGCUAGCUACAGUUAAAACAAAUAUUGCUGAUUGUUUUAUGGUCUUGGCUUUUCACAGAAAGCUACGUUUGUGAACUAACUGCAGGUUUUAAGGUUAUAUGAGUAACUAAAUCAAAUCAACUGCUGAAUAAACGUAACUAGACACAACUUUUAAUUCCAUAGAGAGAAAAUUAUGAGCUAACAGCUAAUUCAGGCUCGCUAGCAGCGUAAGGUUACCUACAGCGAGAAGGUUGAUGAAGGUUUUGCUAUAAUUAUUUUUCCAGAUUAUCCAGUUUUAUAAACCAACAUAUUUCUAUAGGUCAUUCAUCAUAAAAAUGAACUUUAUCGUAAUAAACUAGUUAUGAAAGUAACGAAGAAUCAGCUGUUAGCCAAAUAAAUAGUUAGCUAACAGUGUAGUUGUUUUUUUGUUUUUUUUUAUGGUAAUCUUAAUUUGAAGCAAUAUUUCAGCAUAUAUGUAAAUGAAGUCCAAGUCUAAAGCCAAAACUUUAAAUUGAUUAAUUCAAGAUGAUCUAUGAUGGUGUGUUAGGUUCCUUGCAGACGGAGAAAAGGAGCUAAAAAGAUUUUUAGCGUAAUCUCAGAAAUUUUCUGGAAUAAAUUUGGAAAUUUUUGAGUUUGAAAAAUUAGAAAUUUUCUAGAAAAAAAUAUGACAUUUUUAGAUUGAUUUCAGAAAUUGCCUGGAAAAAACCUGGAAAUUUCUGAGUUUCAAAAGUCAUAAAGUUUUGACUUUUAGAAAUCUGCAGUUGCCAAAGUCUAAUAUUUUCAACUUUUGAAUCUCAGAAAUUUCUUUUUUUUUUUUAACCUCAAAAUUUGGGGUGUUUUUUUUUCCAAGAAAAUUAUUGACUUAAGAAGCAUAGAAAUUUACUUAAUUUCUUUUUAUAAAAUGUAUUUUUUAAUUUUUUUGGCAGCAAUGUAGCCCUCCUCUUUCUUAUAUCUACAGUGGCUCUAGUAUAGUAUCUCAUAAGCAUCUCCAGUAACUAAAUUUGAAUUUAAAAUGCCACUGGGCGGCUGGGAAUUGUCAUAAUAGUUCAGUUUUUAUAUAAAAGCAUUUAUUUUUCUGUGUGUCUAAUUUAGACAGGUACAAAACUCCAACGUUACCCUGGGAGGUAAUUUUUAUAUUCCUGCUCCUCAGACAUGAAAAGGGUUUAAAUUAGUUUUUUCCUUUUCAGAAAACGUCAGGGAGGAAAAAUCCUCUGCCUCAGGACUUGGUGAAGUCUUUCCAACCUGAGAUUCACUCCAGUUAGUUGGAGUGUAAUUUUAUCUGUGUGGAAAAGCUUUUUAAAAUUAGCACUUGAAAGGAGAGAGAGCUGCUUUUAGAACGGCUGGGAUUAAAACCAGAGCAGAGCUUUCAGCACACAGAGAGGAAAACACCUAACUGGUUUAGUUCCCCUCACAAAUGAGUGUUUUCCAUCACUGUUGGGGAUUUUUUUAAACACUAAAUUGCAACAAAAAAGUAAAAAUAUAUUGUUUAGUUUGUAAAAUAGAUCAAAUGUGCAAUAAUAAGACACACUAAAAUGACUGAGUAUAAGAAAAAUACUUGAGAGCACCACCUGGUGGCCAAUCUUGGUAUCUGACUCUAAAUAAUUUCAUAAAAACAUAUAUUUUAAAAACUUUAACAUUUAUUUAGAGGUAGAGUUAAUCCACGUUUAAAACAGCUUCAAAAACUUUAUAUAAAUAUUAUUUUAUUAACUGUAACUGACAUACUCAAGUGUUUUCUUAAUACAUCAAAAGCAUUCUUUAUGACUUUAAAUCUUGUGUGAACGCUAGAACUUUAGGUGAGUCUUUACGUCAUUAAACAGAGGUUUAUCCGUAACAGCAGGACGUCUGUUUGUUGCUCCAACACAAAUCCCGUUUAAUUUAAUGUUUAAUUUAGGGAUUUAAACUGAGUUUAGGUGAAUUAAGGACGGAUUAGCGCUCCGGUUUUUAUCCCUGAAGUUCCUGGAUUGUGGGAACGGUUCAAACCUCAGGACAUGAUCAACUCUUCAACUGAAUCAGGAGGCAAAUAGUAAUCAUGGAUGUCAUAAAUCUUGUGGUAGCUGCUAGCUUAUUUGGCUCAGACUUAUUCUCACAACUUCAGGGUAAAACAGCGAUGUGACACUUCAAAUCUGACGUAUUUCUUGCCAUAUUUCAGGUUUUUCUACUUUUGUUACUGUUUAAUAUGGAAUUUUGCCUCAUAAAACCUUCUGUGCCGCGCUGGAUUGGGAGCGACUGCAGGAUUCAGUCGCUCCUCAGACAUCAGACCUCGGUAAAGCAGAUGCCUUUCAUGUUAUUAUUUUUUGUUUGUUUAUUUGCUGUGAAAAACUGAUGGAAAGCAAAAUGUGCUGAACCAGGUUGUGGAAGAUAUGAAUAAAAAAAACUGUGUGGGCAUCUUUA